AUGGUGCGCAAGGUGGUGCGCGGGCGCGUCGAGCCGCUCGCAGCCGUCGUCUCCCCGCAGCAGGCGGCGGCGGCAGCGGCGCGCAUAUCGCGAUCGCUGGAGGAGGAGCGCGGCAACGCGGACCGCCUGAGGCGAUUCAAGCAGGAGAACGCGGAGCUCUGCACGCUCGUGCGCUCGCUACCCGACAAAACAAGCCACGCUGUCAUGGUCCCCUUUGGGCGCGCUGCCUUCUUCCCCGGCCGCCUCGUGCACACCAACGAGUUGACUCUCCUGCUGGGCGACGGGCUGUAUGCUGAGCGCUCCGCGUCCCAGGCGCUGGGGGUGCUGCGGCGACGUGGCGCGAUGAUAGAGCGCCAGCUGGAGGGGUGCCAGGCGAAGGUGGAGGAGCUACGUGGCGAGCUGCAAUUCGCCGAGCAGGCUGGGGCGGAUGCUGAGGAGGGGUGUGUGGAGAUCCACGAGUAUGAGGAUGAGGUGGAGGGGGGCGAGGAGGAGGAGGGAGGAAAGGUUGAAGGAGCAAGACGAGGGGAGGAGAGCAAAGAAGGCAGUUCAAAGGGGAGGGCAGCAGGGAAGGAUCCCUGCAAAGUGGUUGGGACGUCUAGAGAAGCGGAUGGUGGGAGUGGUGGUGAGGACGAGGAGGACAGACGCAUUGAGGCUCUGUUCGCCGAGAUGGAAGCUGCUGAGGCGGCUGCUGCUGCUGCUGCUGGGGAUGAUGAGGAAGAGGAGGAGGAGGAGGGAAGUGAGGAGGAAGAAGAGGAGGAAGAUGAGGACGAGGAGGGUGAGGAGGUGGGAGAGGAAGAGGAGGAAGACGAAGAAGAUUGGGAGGAAGAAGAGGAAGACGAGGAGGAUGGGGAGGAAGAGAGGAGGGACAAACAAGAGAGGAGGGACAAACAAGAGAGUAGGACAAGAACACAGAGCGAGCAGAAGCUAAUUGAGGGCUUGUCAGCAAUGAGGAUCGGUGCAGUGGGAGGGCAGCAGCGAAAGGCAGUGGAGGGAGUAAGAGCAGCAGCGGGGCAGGGAAUGCCCCCUUCACAGAGGCUGAUGGAGGGCGUGUCAGCAAUGAGGAUAGGUGCUGCAGUGGGAGGGCAGCAGGGGCAGGCGGUGGAGGGGGGUAGAGGAGAAGCGCAGCAGGAAAUUCCCCCUUCACAGGCGGAGCGGAGGGAGAUGGGGCCAUCAGCCAGUCAACUCAAGGUGAGGCUACCUGUCGGUCCAGUGGGAGGGGAGCAGGGGGGAGUAUCAGUCAGAGUGCGCGAGACAGAUGAGCAGCAUGGGAGGGAGAGAUUCCUGCGUUCUCAGGAGCUGUUGUGGAGCGAACCUCCGACUCCUCUUCCUCUCCACCACUCCCUUCUGUGCCAUUGGUAA